CUCCUCCUCUAGAUCUGCAACCACAUUCCACGGUCCACACCACCCGCACUCGUCCCUAAUUUCCAUCAAGGCAUUAACAGAAGAAGCCUAUCUUUUUGUCUCGUAUAUCUGAAUCUAGAAGGAAGCUAUGGACCAAUCACCGACCGCGCUGUUUGAUUCGUACGAGCAGGACUUGCAGCAGAUACUGGGCAGCGUGAGGGAGAAGCUCGACGGGGAUGCGAAGGAGGGACGGGGAGAGCAGAAGAAAGCGGCGCUGCGGAGGGUCGAGAUGGAGCUCGACGAGGCGGAUGAGAUGCUCUCACAAAUGGAGAUCGAAAUCCAAGGAAUUCCACAGUCCCUGAAAGCUUCUUACACUUCGCGCAUCCGGUCUGCCAAAGCGGACUUGACGAAGUAUAAGAAGUUGUCCAAGGACAUGCAUGCCGCCGCGAACCGCUCCGAUCUCCUCUCCUCCCCACGCACCGGCACCCCCACCUCCGACGAGCCCUACGGCUCCGACCGCGCUCGCCUCCUCUCCGGCACCGCGAUUCUCGAAGACGGAACACGGAGACUGCAGGAGAGUCAGAGGAUAGCGCUGGAGACGGAGGGGCAGGGCGCGGAUGUAUUGAGGGUGUUGAGGGAGCAGAGAGAACAGAUUGAGAACUCGAGGAAUACGCUUAAUACGGCGGAGACGUCGAUUGGACGUGCGUCUGGGACGCUGAAGACUAUGAUCAGACGGAUGUACCAACAGCGCGUCGUGACGGGCGCUAUCAUCGUCGUGCUCAUCCUAUUGAUCGUCAUCAUCCUCUGGGAAAAGCUUUCCUAGUCGCCUCGCUUCUGGCCUUUUCUCUUCCCAUCCCCCUUUCGGCCUCAUCAAUCCUCUUGCCCUUUUGUCCACAUCCCCUCUGUGGCCUUCCAGCCUUCACGGUCGCACGGUUGACCUGCGCUCGUUACCGGACAUUGCCUGGCUAUGGCCCAGAGAGGGUAGAUGGAGCGACGUACAGUCGAUGGAGAUAUGGGCUUUCUAUGUUUAUGUCAUUGUUUUUCUUUUUUCUUAUUUGAUCUUUUCUGGUGCUUGAUGUGCUUGAUGAGUCGGACACAUACCUGGCUUUCGCUUCGGUUUCGGUUUGGAUUUGGUUAUACUUAUAUCGUUUGGACAUGCAGAUCGAGAGGGGGUGGUCGCCGGUCGGUGUAGUCUGCUGGCUGGGCGGUGGCGGUUGAGGCGAAGAUUGCGAGCUAUACAUCCUUUCUUGGAUGUGUCUAUGUACAUAACUUAGCAUGUUAACAAUUUCGUCGACGACCGAGGCUAAUGG